AUGCGCCUGAAAACUGGCAGUCAGGCAGGAAUUUAUCUUCUGUCAUGCAACGAAGAAAAACACGGUUCAAUAACAAUGGCGGCUUGUUAUGCUUGGUUUCUAGUGCUUGGGUCCGUUUUCCUUUGCAAUCUCAUGAAAACACUGUUGCCGAGUAUUUCCUCUUUCCUCUCCAGGAUGGUGCAAAAAGAUGCCGAACAGGAAAACGAGAUGAGAACUGAAAUCCAGGCGAUGAAGAAAGAGCAGUCUUCAAUAAGUAUGAUGGAUGAAUUCGCCAGAUAUGCCCGGUUAGAGCGCAAGAUAAACAAGAUGACGGACAAGCUCAAAACAAACGUGAAAUCAAGGUCUGCACAACAAGCCAAAAUGAAAUGGAUUGUCAACAUCGUCUUUUACAUCCUGCAGGCUGUUCUCAUGAUAUCUUUAAUUUGGAAGUAUUACUCUGAUCCAGUCACAGUGGUUCCCAGUAAAUGGAUUGCACCUGUCGAACGUCUUGUUGCUUUCCCAACUGGAGUCGCAGGUGGCGUGGGAAUUACAUGCUGGUUGGUGGUUUGCAACAAGGUAGUGACACUGGGUCUUCAUGCCUUCAGCUAGAAAUUGAAGAUGCAAAUAUACACGCUAAAUAAAUUGUUUGUCUUAAAUGUGUUCCACCACUGUCUGUUUGUAAAAAAUACUGCACACAUUUGGCGUUGUCGCUGAAAACGUUUGUAAGUUAAUUUAUUGUGCUUUUUUUUUUUUAUUAAUAUAUUCCGAAGUCUUUUUAUCCGAAAAGUCUUUUAAUAAAAAAGUAAUUGAAAUUUUGUUCAAUCCUUUUUUUGUGCUGAUUCCGUUGUUAUUUAAACCUUGCCAACUAUAAAAAUAAAUGAAUAAAUAGAU